GUCCGCUCCAGGGUUUCAUUUCCGGGUCAGAGUGCGGCAAGAUGGCGUCGCCCAGGCUCCGGUGCUGAGAGUCGGGAGCUUGUGGAAGGCAUAAAAUUGGAAGAGGGACAUCAUGGUGCAUCUCUCUCUGAAUUUGCUGAAAUAUUAUCACCGGGGGUUCGUGUGCAUCCGCUUUGCACUGGGCGGCUGCACCAAUCGCCCCUUCUACAAGAUUGUGGCUGCACACAACAAGCGGGCCCGGGAUGGCAAGUUCCUGGAGCAGUUGGGCUCCUACGACCCCAUGCCCAACGUCUUCAACGAGAAGCUGGUCAGUUUGAACUUGGACAGGGUGAAGUAUUGGCUGGGCUGUGGCGCACAGAUGACAAAACCGGUCUCCAAGCUGCUAGGCUUGUCCGGCUUUUUCCCGCUACACCCCAUGACAGUGACCGGGGCAGAAAGAUUCCACAAGGAACAAGCACUAAUGACGCAGGCUGCAUCACAAGAAGAACCGACAAGUGUUUCAGAGGAUGAGCAGCCAAUUGCCUAAAGCUGGGUCCAAGCUGUAAGAAACUGCUGUCAUCACAAAAACAGGUGUUGGUCACAAAUCAUUAUGGUACCAUCGACAUCAAGUGGCAAUGACCCACUUGAGAUUUGUGAUUGGGCUGCUCAAUGAUUUGCCUCCCUCUUGUGCAAAUGAAAAGCAACAGGUUCACGAAGGCAAUACACGGUGCUUUUAACAGCCAUGUCCAACACAAAGAUAGGGUGCUAGCUAGAGACAAUUGCAUAAUCCGGCAAAGAUGAUAGUGCUGAUAGACAGAGCAAGGGUUCAUCACCAUCCCAAAUAUGGCCUUUUGUCACUCGUGCCACAUGGACUUUCAAUAACUUUAACGAACUGGUGCAGAAGAGCUCAAGUUUCAGAAUCCCCACUCCUGAUCAAAAGUACCAAAUGUAUUCAUUUUCAUACUUAAAUAUUUUACACAUCAAUGGACGAAUAGCACACAUGAGCAAAUGGGCUCUAAUUGUUUAAGAAACAGUUGGUAGAUUAGUUGAGAAUGACUCAAUUCUUGCACUGCUCACUUGCAAUACUGGACCACUGCCAUUAGGUGGCAGCUAAGAGGCAGGCAUCCAGCACCAGUCUAUGGGAAUUAGGUGAGGUACAAGGCUCGACCUUUGGCAAUGUUCAAAUUAAUUACCUGUGCUUUUCAAUUUUAUUCAAUAAAAUUAAUGAUCACC